AUGCUAACAACGAGCCCCCAUCUGCGGAUACGCCGCCCCUCUCCAACAACAGUCGAAUACACCGUCUCAACCUCCCCAACCCUCACGCUCCCCCUCCGCCUUCUCAUCCUCCUCACAUCCAUCCUGCGCCUCGUCGCCGCCCUCGCCAUCCUCCUCCUCCUCUACUCCAAAUACCUACUCUCCUCCUACGCGCCGCCUCCGGCCCCAGCACCGUCUACCCGCACGCCGCCAUCAGUCCUGUCCGAGGCAUACAUCUACCACGUCCUGGGCGCCACGACGCGCACCCGCAUCGGGACGCUGAUCUCCCUGCUCGCGGCGCGGAUCCCCCUCAUCCUGCUCCUCCCGAGCUCCGCCGCGCUGCUCUACCUCCUCUCCCUGCGCCUGCACACCACCGAGUCCCUGCUCGUGCUCCGCGGCCUGGGCAUCCAGACGUCGUCGUCCUCGGCCACCUACCUGAGCAGCAGCGCGACGCGCUUCAUCCCGACGGUCAAGAUCCAGGAUGUCCUCGUCAACGAGGCCUUUCGCGGCUUCGAGGUGAGGUACUACCUGGUCGUUGUGGUGGAGGGGGAAGAGAGCGUUGUGGUAGUGUUUCCGAGGUUGUUGCCUAGGAGGGACGUCGUGGAGAAGGUUUGGAGGGGAUGUAGGGCUUGCUUGUUUGAGGGAGCGAAGGAGAAGGAGAGGCUGCCUGCUGUUGGUGAUGAUGGUGGUGGGGGAGCUGGUGGUGGUCGUGGUGGUGGUCGUGGUGGUAAGGGGGACUUGAAGAAGAGGGAGACAGGUUAG